GUGCACAUGCAGUUUUGCAUGCCUUGCAGAGCAUUAAUGUAACAUUACAGCAUUGUACCGAAAUAGAAGUGAAUGGGUGCCGUUGUGCGCUCCAGCGGAAUAAGUUGUGCCGGACGGUUUUGUGAUAUUGGCAAGAUGAUUAGCGCGAACGAGGAUUUCACCAUCGCCAGCUGCGAUCGGUGCCCGCGUAUGGUGGCAUUCGGGAACAUUCUGCUGGAUAUAAGUGUGGAGCUGGAGGAUGGUAAAAUACUCGAAGAAUUCGAUCUGAAACCCGAUGAUCAGAGGGAAAUUCCUGCCGAAAAACUUGCUGCCCUUGUCUCCGUUGCCGUAGAAACAUGCGGUAAUCCUAUCUACAAUCCUGGCGGUUCGGCUCUGAACACGUGUCGCAUUUUACGCGCCCUUGGCGAAAAAAAUAUAAUUUUUUGUGGUGCGGUUGGCAUCGACGAGAAUGGACAAAUACUGCAGCAGAUACUUAAAGACUCCGCAUUAAACACAUGCAUUCAAACGUUGCCCGAUCAAAUAACUGGGACGUGCAUGUGCCUCAUCAGUGGUGAUAAGCGAAGUUUAAACGCAAACAUUGGAGCAUCGUUACAUUUCAAGAAGGAAUUCGUGAGUUCCCGGUGGUGCCAGUCGAAGAUUGGCGUUUGCAAAUCUGCCGCACAUACCAACAUCGACGAAGACAUUCGAAUUUUCUACAUAGAAGGGUACUUUGUGCCGGAGAAGUUUCACAUCUGUUGCUAUAUAUACGAUCAUUACUGCAAGGGGACGGCAAACUUGCUCGUAACGAACCUGAAUGCAUCCUACAUACUGCAACAGUUUACUGUAGAAAUGCGCUUUCUCGUGGAGAACGCAGAUCUGGUGUUCGGCAAUUUAGCCGAAUUCAUCGCACUGGCGGAGAUUUACAAAUGCAGCGAUGUGGACGAGUUGGCGCGGCUGUUAAUCAAGCAGUAUCGAAAGCAGAAUCGCAGCAAAAUCCUCAUCGCAACCGAUGGCUGCCGGAGCGUUCGGUUUUACCACGGAGCAGGUUCGAAGUUCAGUGCGGAAAGUUUCCCAGUGCCGGUCAUACCGGUAAACACCGUCGUCGAUACGACCGGUGCAGGUGACUCGUUUGUGGCCGGAUUUUUGUACAAAUUUAUGAACGACGAAAGUCCUACGCUAGUAGAAUGCAUUCGGUAUGGAUGUAAAGUGGCCGGUAAAGUGAUACGACAGGUUGGGUGCAACUUGCCAUCAAACGUACCGUCUUCACCCACGGUUCCGACGACUGCUCUCGAAGGAAAGAUUCCUUAGAUUUCAAUGCUUUUGGCAGAAUAAGUUCCUUUUGCUUCUAUUAUGUUACGCAAUAGAUUGGUCUAGGUGCUUGCUCGAUGGUGAUCAUGAUCUUAUUACAGUAGUAUGGUUAAGGGAAAUAGUUGUAAAGUGUUGUUAGCUGUCAAUAUUUAUGAAUGCACAUAAACUUGUAUCACAAU